GCGCUCGACUGUCAGGCUGAGAAGUCUGACACUGGUUGUCCCAGUUUUGCUUUUCUUUCUGUUUUAGUUAUUUUAUUUUCCUUUCUUUACCUCCUGUAGCUGCUGUAUAAUCCCGAUUUUUUUUCCCAGCUUCUCGCUAAAUCUCACAUUUUUGUUGUGUCCGCUACGCACGGGUUGACUAGCGUCUAGCAGCUCGCUGUCCUUUAGCUGCUGUCAGGGGAAACAUGAACAUGCUGGUGAGCAAACUGGAGCAGAAAUGGAUUAUUUUAACCUUCAGACAACCUUGGAUCCCAGCUAUGGCAGCUUGCAAGGUGAGUCUGUCCACACUUCCUCCAGAACCUGUCAUCCCGUCUAAGAAGCCUUUCAAAGUGGAGCUCGUUGGUGGAAAGCGUUAUUCAUGGUGCACAUGUGGACACAGCAAGAAGCAGCCUUUCUGCGAUGGAGCCCACAAAACCAAAGCCCAGGGCCUGUCGCCGCUUCGCUUUGUCCCCGAGAAAGAUGCUACAGCUUGGCUUUGUGGAUGUAAAUACACCAACAACCCGCCUUACUGUGACGGAACGCACAAACAGGACUUUAUUAAAUCUGCUCCGCUGCAUGAACCAGGUGACUCCUGAACCAGGAGGGGUUUGAAGAGGUUUCAAAUCCACCUCUAGAUGCUGAAAUGUGUGCAGUCUGCAGUAAUUUAGCAGGAAGACACUUCAAGACAGGAUGUAACCGUAUUUCGGUUAUCAUUUUGAGGUUCUCAGGUUGCAAUCAGAAGCAAAGUUUGAUUUCCUCCCACAGAGGUGUUGGAAGGUGUUACAGAGCGGAGCUGCUCCCUCCACAGGGGAAACCACUUCUCUAUAUAGAAAAUCUCACCUUAGGUUCUUCUCAUAUCUCUAUUUUGUGCUUCCUCAUCUCCUCUGACCUUCGUCUUCCUUCCUGUGACCCAGAAAUUGAUCUUAAAACAGCAUCUCAAAGGAUGUCUUGAUCAUAAAAAUCCGACUCCUUCAUUGCAUCUCAGGUGGGAGAUGAGAAAAGUAAUCAAAAAAACUGAGAAGAGGGGCUGUCUUUAUUUUAACUUUUUGGAAAUGUGUAUAUAUUUUUUUUCUUCUUUAAAUUAAAAAAUUAAGACUAUAUACAUGGAGCUACCAGUUUGGUUCACCUAAUUGCUGUCAAAUAAUGUCAUAUAAAGCAAAAAAGCUGAUGAAUCUAAUUGGAAACAUGGUAAAAAGAUAGACAGGUUGGUAACAAUUUGCGCUAACGUUAUUUCAAGAAACGCUUGCAGUUAUUUUGAUGAAACCUGCUGUGAUUGAAGGUCGACCGACUAUUGAAACCACAGACUGUAUAAUAAAGUACAGUCUAUGAUUGAAACCAACAUUCUUCAGAUUAUUGACAUUGUUAUUUUUUAAAAUCAGUUCCUGAUCAAAUAAAUGUAAUUUAAAAUGUGCAACUUUGUCACUGAUGCAGCCGUUACUUUGUAUCUGUAGUCACUGUGUGUUCUUGUCCUGCACACAUCUGAUUUGUUAUCAACCAUGAAAGAUAAAUGUUGAAAACUUCUCCGUUAAUUAUUUCUAUAUACAUUUAAUACAAAAAUAAGGUAUUUCAAGUCAAGCUUUGUGUUCUAGUUUGUCCAUCCAUCAUCUAUACACCGUUUAAUCCUCAUUAGCGUCGCGGGGGCUGGAGUCUAUCCCAGCUGAUUUAGGGUGACUCCAGAGGACACUGGUCUAUCACAGGGCUUCACACCUAUGAACAAUUUAGAAUCUCCAAUUGAGCACUUUUUUGGACUGUGGGAGGAAGCCGGAGAACCCUGAGAAAACCCACACAGGCACAGGGAGAACAUGCAAAACCUCACACAGAGAGACCCCAGGCCAGGAAGCGAACCAGGGAUCUUCUAGCUGUGAGGUGACAGAGCUAACCACCCUGUUCUACUUUGUGAUUUUCCUAAUUUUGACAUCAAGAUUGUCACUUUUACUUCAAAUAUACAUCUGCUCUAAAUAUCUGUUUAAACUUCUGCCUCUUUUGACCUUUGAUUUAGAUGACAAACUUCAUUAUAACUCAGCUGGCCUUGACUCAGAUGUACAAAACGAGAUACUCCUUACUACUAUCAGCUAGAGCUGUACGAAUAACAGACUUCAGACUGAAGUUUUAGGCAAUGCAAUUAGGAAAUAGCUGCAAUUUGGGAUAUAGGAGGCAGGCUUGUUUAAAAAGUGAUAUCAGUGCUGUGAUCAGCUUUUUUUAGUUUCAUUUUUUAAUAACGACACCUCGCCCAUUCUUCUGAAACACUGGAGUUUGAACUCCAGUGUCAGUGGUUUGAGAGUCACACUUUGGACAGUGUUUCAUGUUGUAAAGCUCCCUCAUAUGGUUCAAUGUUCUAUUACACUGUGAAUAUCAGAUGGAAGCUUUUCUUUAAAUCAUUAUGUUGCGAAUUUUAUUUUACAGUUUUGCCAUUAUUUAAUAGGAAAAUUGUUUAUAUUGAGCCACAAAUCACUUUAUCUGACAGUAGUAUCAGCUCAAAUUCUCUGAAUGAUUAGAAAAGGUGCUUAAAUGUUUAUUUUCAUGUCUGAUAGGAGAUAAAAGCUCCAUCCUUUCCUAAAGAUAAGGAGGUAACAGUCACAGUGAGGCACUACUGUUGUAUGAUUACUGAAACUGCAGCAUAGUCGUCUUUUACUCAUGAAUUCUAGGAUCCUAAUGACAUUUCCAUGAAGAUAGUGUAUAUAGAAAAUGAGAUGCAUAAAAUAUUCUCAAAUAAAACAAAAACAAUCCUUGAA